AUCCUAAGUCUCACAGUUCAGGCUAAUCAUUGACAGGGCUUUACAAUCACAAGCUUUUACUGAAGCGUUGAUAAGACAGUCGGGAGCAGUUAGUGGCAAAUGAAGCCGGGCUGUGCGGCAGGAUCUCCAGGGAAUGAAUGGAUUUUCUUCAGCGCCGAUGAAAGAAACAUACGCUAUAGGAAAACAAUGUGCAACCGGGGAUUGCAAAGAUCUGUCAUCCUGUCAGCAUUUAUCUUGCUACGAGCUGUUGUUGGACUCCCUGGAGACGGAAGAGCCGUAUGGUCUAAAAAUCCGAAUUUCAGUCCAGUAAAUGAAAGUCAGCUGUUUCUCUAUGACACUUUUCCUAAAAACUUUUUCUGGGGUGUUGGGACUGGAGCAUUUCAAGUGGAAGGCAACGGGAAGACAGAUGGAAAAGGACCCUCUAUCUGGGAUCAUUUCAUCCAUACACACCUUGAAAAUAUCGACAGCACAAAUAGUUUCAGUGACAGUUAUAAUUUUCUGGAAAAAGACUUAUCAGCGCUGGAUUUCAUUGGAGUUUCUUUUUAUCAAUUUUCAAUUUCCUGGCCAAGGCUUUUUCCUGAUGGAGUGGUAGCAGUUGCCAAUGCAAAAGGUCUCCAGUACUACAAUAAUCUUCUUGAUGCCCUGAUACUUAGAAACAUUGAGCCUAUGGUGACUUUAUACCAUUGGGAUUUGCCUCUGGCUCUACAAGAAAAAUAUGGGGGGUGGAAAAAUGACACCAUGAUAGGCAUCUUCAAUGACUAUGCUACAUACUGUUUCCAGACAUUUGGGGACCGUGUCAAAUACUGGAUUACAAUUCACAACCCAUACCUAGUUGCCUGGCAUGGGUAUGGGACAGGUAUGCAUGCCCCUGGAGAGAAGGGAAAUUUAGCAGCUGUCUACGCUGUAGGACACAAUCUGAUCAAGGCUCAUUCAAAAGUUUGGCAUAACUACAACAUCAAUUUCCGGCCUCAUCAGAAGGGUUGGUUAUCAAUCACAUUGGGAUCCCAUUGGAUUGAGCCAAACAGAUCAGAAAACAUGAUGGAUAUCCUCAAGUGCCAGCAAUCCAUGGUGUCUGUGCUCGGGUGGUUUGCCAACCCUAUCCACGGGGAUGGCGACUAUCCGGAGGUAAUGAAAAAGAAGAUACUCUCCAUUCUACCCAUUUUCUCUGAAGCAGAGAAGAAUGAGGUCAGGGGCACAGCUGAUUUCUUUGCUUUUUCCUUUGGACCCAACAAUUUCAAGCCCAAGAACACCAUGACUAAAAUGGGGCAGAUUGUGUCACUGAAUUUAAGAGAAAUGCUGAACUGGAUUAAACUGGAAUAUGGCAACCCCCGAAUCUUGAUUGCUGAGAAUGGCUGGUUCACAGACAGUUAUGUGAAAACAGAAGACACCACAGCCAUCUAUAUGAUGAAGAAUUUCCUCAAUCAGGUUCUUCAAGCAAUAAGGUUUGAUAAAAUACAAGUGUUUGGUUACACUGCCUGGUCUCUCCUGGAUGGCUUUGAAUGGCAGGAUGCUUACACCACUCGCCGAGGAUUAUUUUACGUGAAUUUUAAUAGUACACAAAAAGAAAGGAAGCCCAAGUCUUCAGCACUUUACUAUAAACAGAUCAUACGAGAGAAUGGGUUUACUUUAAAAGAAUCCACACCAGAUGUGCGGGGUCAGUUUCCCUGCGACUUCUCCUGGGGUGUCACUGAAUCAGUCCUUAAGCCCGAGUCGGUGGCUUUCUCCUCACAGUUCAAUGAUCCUCACCUGUAUGUGUGGAAUGUGACCGGCAACAGACUGUUGCACCGAGUGGAUGGAGUGAGGCUGAAAACGCGGCCAGCUCAAUGUACAGAUAUUGUCAGCAUCAAAAGACAACUUGAGAUGUUGGCAAGGAUGAAAGUCACCCACUACCGGUUUGCUCUGGACUGGUCCUCAAUCCUUCCCACUGGUAACCUGUCCACGAUUAACCGACAAGCUCUGAGGUACUACAGGUGUGUGGUCAGCGAGGGGCUGAAGCUCAACAUCUCCCCCAUGGUCACUUUGUACUACCCAACCCACUCCCACCUGGGCCUCCCCUUGCCACUGCUGCACAGUGGCGGGUGGCUGAGCUCAUCCACGGUGAGGGCCUUCCAGGACUAUGCCCGGCUGUGCUUCCAGGAGCUGGGGGACCUGGUGAAGCUCUGGAUCACCAUCAAUGAGCCUAACCGGCUGAGUGACAUCUACAGCCACACUAGUAACGACACCUACAGGGCAGCCCACAACCUGCUGAUCGCCCAUGCCCUGGUCUGGCACCUGUAUGACCGGCAGUACCGGCCGGCGCAGCGCGGGGCCCUGUCUCUGUCUCUGCACUCGGACUGGGCGGAACCCGCCAACCCCUACGCGGACUCGCACUGGAAGGCAGCCGAGCGGUUCCUGCAGUUCGAGAUCGCCUGGUUCGCAGAGCCGCUCUUCAAGACCGGCGACUACCCAUUGGCCAUGAGGGAGUACAUCGCCUUCAAGAACAGGCAAGGGCUGUCGCGCUCCACACUGCCUCGCUUCACCGAGGAGGAAAGGCGGCUGGUCAAGGGCGCCGCGGACUUCUGCGCGCUUAACCACUUCACCACCAGGUUCGUGAUGCACGCGAGCCAGAACGGCAGCAGCUACGACUCGGACAGAGACGUCCAGUUUCUGCAGGACAUCACCUGCCUGAGCUCCCCCACCCGCUUGGCCGUGAUACCCUGGGGGGAGCGGAAGGUGUUGAGGUGGAUCCAGAAGAACUAUGGCCACGUGGAUGUUUACAUCACGGCCAACGGCAUCGAUGACCAGUCCCUGGAAAACGAUGAACUCCGAAAAUAUUACUUAGAGAAAUAUAUUCAGGAAGCCUUGAAAGCAUACCUGAUUGAUAACAUCAAAGUCAAAGGCUAUUAUACAUUCAAACUGACUGAAGGAAAAUCUAAAUCGCGAUUUGGAUUCUUCACAUCUGAUUUCAAAGCUAAAUCCUCUAUACAGUUUUACAACAAACUCAUCAGCAACAAUGGCUUUCCUUCUGAGAACAGUAGUUCUAGAUGCAAUCAGAAUCAAAGAAACACAGAGUGUGCUGUUUGCUUAUUUCUUAUGCAGAAGAAACCACUGAUAUUCUUUGGUUGUUGCUUCUUCUCUACCCUAGCUCUACUUUUAUCAAUUACCAUUUUUCAUAAGCGAAAGAGAAGAAAAUUUUGGAAAGCAAAGAACUUACAGCACAUACCAUUAAGAAAAGGUCAGAAGAGAGUUCUUAGCUAAACUGAUUGUGUUUCUGUCUGUAUGACAGACAUUUAAAAAAUUCACUCCAGUUCUACAUACUGGCAACUUAACAGAGGCUACACCUACAAAAUACAAUUUGAAAUAUUCAUGGUAAACAAGGUAAUGACAAUCCAUGUCUGUUAUAUGGUUCAAAUGAAUUUUCACUUAGAUGUUGAUUAUCAGUGAAUUUCAUUGAUGAUCAAGGCUUUACAGUGUAAGCUUUAAGGACUAUCUACUGUAUUGCUUCAUUAAGUUUAAAGUGUUUACUAUUCUCUAGCUUUCUUUAUAAAUACGAUAGCUCCGUACAAUAAUAAAAUUAUUUUGAAAAAGUAUACUUUGCUGGCGACUAUUAACAGAGAUUUAAAACUUAACACUGGAUCAUCAGUGACAUGGUCACUUUUAACAAAGUGCAUUCCCUUGUGGUUAGGGUGGUUCUCAAAAGGGAAUUAAAAACAAUAGGGUAAAUAGUGCUUUAUCUAUAGCCAGUUACAGCAGACUCUUAAGCACAACAAUCCUAAUUUUACUCAAUAAAAAUAUAUCAUUUAUGUGACCUCAAAUUUUGUGAGGUCUCUCCUUUAAUCAGAUCUAGUUUUUAAAAAAUAUCUUCUGAAACUCAUUUCAUGGAAAGACUACAGGAUUAAGAAGAGCAAGAUCCAAUUGCUUUUGAAGACGGGGAAGUCGCUCAGGCUCACUGCAGCAAUUUCCCCUUUAGACAAAUUAAUAUUCUUCCUCACUUGAUUUUUACGGUGAUAAACAAGAUCAGUGUACUUAAGACAAACAUUCUAGAAAGAUAGUUUUGUUAAAGGAUAAUAGUCUAUAAAACUUUCUCCCCUGAAUUUCACCAUUCUGACAAAAUACACAUACAGGGACCAGAGUGUAAAAUGCAGUCCUAUCUAGAUCUAGUAACUGACUCUGCAUGUGAUUCAGCAUGGUGGUCUAAGAAGUUGAAACUGUUACAUUGCACCUUUUGAAACUAGAAUUCUUAAAUCUUAAUUUGGAGAAAGUUGGACUUCCUCCCCGCCCCCACCCCCCAAAUUUCUCGAACUCUACUUUUGCUCAGUAUACUGAAAACCUAAAUGUAUACCCUUUCUUUAGGUUAACAUCUAAAUUUUAACUAUCCACUACACACAGUAGUUAAGUACGAUCUAUAUAUCCCAGGUAUUCAAACUUUAAGAUUUAAAGUCCUUUAAGGACCUUAGUAGAAAACUACCCUAUAUUAAGGCCCUUUUGUUUUAUGGGUCCACCUAUGUCAAAGCCAAAUUUUGUACUUAAGAUUCUAAUUGACAAUGAAUAGAUUCUGACAAUGAAUAGUAGUGUUCCCAAAUAUACUACAAAGAUAACACAACUGGUUAAUUCAAGUAAAUGCAAGUGAUAUGAAACCAACUUGCUAUUUAGUGGCCAAAUUCAAACAGUAAAAUUUGCCUUAAGUUUCUUGUCUGUUCUCCAUGUCCACCUGGUAUCUACUCCCCAAACUUGGGUGUUUUUGUUGUGCUCUGUAAGUAGCUUUUUGUAUUUUUUGAGACCUCAGUAGACCUGUGGCUAUACAAAAUUACAAUAACUGGCUAAUUUUUUCAUUUUAAAAAAAAUUGCCAUUAGGCAUUUUCCCCUCCUUGUGCCAAAGGUUCACUCCAGUGAUUAUUCUUAUGGGAACUAUCAGUUGGGCAAUUUAUCAAAUUAACCCAGCAUCUAAGAUCUUGGGAAAGUAUGUAUCCGAUAAGGAUUUGGAAUUAAAUUUAGGCAUUGCUCUGAUUAUCUUGCACUCGUAGUUUACAAGUUCAUUAACCUUCACUAUUUUUGUCUUCACUUUUUGAGAUUAAGCUUUUAAUCUUCCAACAUGUUGCCUUGCCAAAAGCUCCCCCAAAUAGUAGUUCAUGCUUUAAUGGUCCUUCUGUCACUCAGAAAUUACUAGUUUUUAAGCUAUCACCAUACAAGAAUCCCUAGGCAAACUUAAUUUGGUUCACGAUUACACUAAUAUUAAGGUUUGUGCUAAAUUCAUUAAAAAAUUUAAAAAGUCAAUUAGAAACUUGAUCAUUCUUGAUGAGCAAAUGGAAGAAACCUUUAGAAUUUAAGCUUUUCUGAAACUUGCUGGUAAAAAAAAAUCUAUGGCAGAAUUUAACUUGUGUUACAACUCAUGUAUUGUUACAUUGUGCUUUCUAUAGAAUCUUGUCUUUCACUAAGUUGAUAUACACAGAAAUGCCACAACUAUGGUAUUUAGUCUUGAAAAUCAGAUCAGUACAGUC